AUGUACUUCAACUUCAAUUCCAUUGCGUGCUCAAUCUUGGCACUCCUCACCUUCCAAGCUGCAGCUGUACCUAUCAGCGUCAACAUCUUGACUCAAGGAGCUUCUGUAGAAUCUUCAACUGGGGCUGUCCGCACUUACUACCAAGCCGCCAACGGCUCCGUUAUAGAGAUCAUUCCGAAUUUUCCUGCUACUUUGGGCUACACUAGUAGCGUGUUAAUUCCCGCAGGUGUCGCGAAGACUAAUACCCCUCUUGCUGCUAUAUCCUGGGGAUCUUUCGACGAGAUUCACUUGUACUACAUCGGUGUCGGAUUCAGCAACACGCACUUGCGGGAAAAGAUCUGGAAAGCCGGUGUUGGAUGGGCAGAUGGGGGACUCAAUUCACUUAGCUACACCACGCAGACGAGCACGAGUUUCUUGACGGCGUAUCACGAUGGAACUACGGUGGCAGGAAGCACAUGGCGCGUGGCGUUUGUGUGUUCGACUCUGAACUUGCCGGUGGCGGGCAGUCUUUGCGAAGCAUCAAAGACUUCGUUACUUCCCUGGACCGUCGCUGCUUAUACUUAG